AUGUACACCAACAAGAUUUCUGCCUUGCUUGGUGCCAUCGCCGCCAUCGAGCAGGCAUCCGCCCUUAGCUUGCACCGACAUGGGCACAAGCUGCAGAAGAAGCAGGAUGUCGUCGACUGGGUCACCGUUUUCACGACUGUCUAUGUAACCGAGGGAGCUCCUGCUCCUGAGCCUACCGUCCAGACCAACGACGGCAUUGUCACCUCCCAGCACGUCGUCGUUACUCCCACGCCCAAGAUCGACGCUCCUGCCAACUUCCAGGCUCUUCUCUCCAGCUCUGCUCCGGCGCCGGCUCCCUCUCCCACCAGCUUGGUCACUCAGGUUAAGCCUGCCCCCAGCUCCGUCUCCCAGGUUAAACCUGCCCCCAGCUCGGGCAGCGGCGAUGGCUCUGGUUCCAGCACGGGAGCCCCUUUCUCUGGCAAGCGUGGUCUUGCUUAUAACGACCCUAACCUUGCCAACCUUUUCGGAAAGGAGUGCAAGUCUGGAGCUUGCGGUUGGGCUUACAACUGGGGCGACUCUCCUGGAUCCCUGGACAACUCCUACAGCUACAUUCCUAUGCUCUGGGGUAACAAGAUGGACUUUUUUGAUCGCUGGGGCACUUCUUGCAGCAAGGCCAACGGUGCCAAGGCUGUCUUCUCUUUCAACGAACCCGACAACGUAGGCCAGGCCGACAUGUCUGCUGCCGACGCUGCCACCAACCACGUAAAGUACAUGAAUCCUUGCGAUGGCAAGGCUCUUGUUGGCGCUCCGGCCAUCACCAAUAGCAACGUACCGGGAGAGGGUAGAGAUUGGCUCAAGCAAUUUGUCUCUGAGUGCGAGACCAAGGGUUGCAAAUACGACUUCUGCAACGUUCACUGGUACUCCCCGGCUGCGCAACUCGACCAGUUCUUCGAACACAUCGAAGAAGCCCAUGUAAUUUGCGGCAAAAAGCCCAUCUUCGUGACCGAGUUUGCUCCCACCGGCUCCGACUCCGAGAUUGAUGACUUCAUGACGAAGGCCAUCCCCAAGCUCGAUUCUCUCGACUACGUCUACGGCUACUCGUACUUCAUGAUCCAGCCCAAUAGCUUGCUGUCAUCAGCCACGUCUCUCAGCUCCGUCGGCAAGAUCUUCGCCUCAGCUUAG